UCAGAGACGACGUGGCACUAGCAGAGAGCUUCGUGAAGGAUUGCCACAUGAAGUUCGAGUGCGCGGUGGACGCGUUCACGACGCUGGGUCAGUUGGCGCAGAAGAGCGCAGAAUGGUCGAGCAAGCGGGGUAUCCAGGUGAUACCGGAGGUCCGCCAGGCGUCGGAGCCAACAUUCGCCGUCGAGUACCACGGCUUCUUGCGCGACCGCUCGCCUGGCGCGCCGAUGGAGUGGAGGUGCCGCUCCUGCGACGCCGUGGCCAGAUCUGAUCAUGCGUUGCUCAGCCUGCGCACAGAGGAGAAGUUCACGAGAAGUGUGCUCGGUAUUGCAUCGGCGGCGGCCGGGUCGUCGGCUUGGCGGCAUUUUGCCUCGGUCAAGCUCCAGGCGGCCCCCGUGGCGCUCUCGUCGCAGAAGGGGGCCAUCGAGCUCGCGAUGGACCAGCGCAACCCGAAGACAGGGGUUUUCCAACGUCGGGCUGCGCUGCGCGAGGCUCUCAUCACGGGAAAGUGCGACACCAACUCCGAGGUGAUCGGCGACGGUGGCAAGGGCUCCCGGCGAUAG